GCUUGGCCGACAUGUCUUAAAUGCCCUCUCGCGCCUCCGGAUUUCAGAGUCCAUCGAAUUCAAAGCACAUAUUCUUUUUUACGAGAUUUUCGACUGGCUUUCCAUUCGAGUGAGGUGCAACAAUUACGGUGCGGAGGGGGUUGCUAGGGCACCUGACAUACGGAUUACAUCCUUUCCAUUUCCUUCUGCUUGUCUUGCUCUCUUGUUCUUCUGUCGCGUGCAUUUCUAGCUCUUGUUGUUACAGGAGCACACGAUUGGGGAGUCCAGCCAUUGGAGACGAGACGAGACGAGACACUGGGGGCUGCAUCUGCAUCUGUGGGAUCUCGUCCCUGCAGGAUCCGGACUGGACGCGAUGGCCGAGGACCACCACGUCUUCGUAAACGCAAAGGCCGCACCAGCACCGGCACCCGCGCAACAGGCACCCCAUAUCUACAGACCGAUCCCGCGACGCAAUUUCUCGACGAAUUCAGGUUCGCAUUCGAGUGAUUCCGGCCCCGAUCCCUUUUCCUCCUCCCACGACACGCCUCCGCCGCUCUCGCCGCAGGUAAAUUCGUAUGCGCGUGGUUCUUCAGAUUUCGUGGCACAGCUUAAUGCGAGGUUGUUGAGGUCGAGGAGUGCGAGUAAUGGGAAUGUUUAUGAGAGGGAGAGGGAGGAGUCGGAUGGUGGCGGGUUGGGGAUGAGGAAUAAGAGUUUCUUGAAUAUGACGAGUAGCACGCUAUAUGGAAUCUAUGAUGAUGCUGGGAGUAGUACGGCGGGGGAGAGAAGUGAGGUUCCGACUCCUUGGGGGACGGGGGCAGAGACCCCAGCGAGGCGGUCGUUGGACUCCGGGCUGGGGAUUAACGGGUGGGAGAAUGGGGUGGGUAGUCCGGAUGGGGGCCUGAGGGUGAAGGGGAUUGCCAGGAGGGGGACGGUGGAGGGUAUACAGACACGGAGACGGAGGUCGAGACAGGCGCCGACGCCGCAGAGGAAGGGGUUAUGGAAGGGUGUGGUUAUUGUCGGGAAAUUAUCCUCGCUGUUUCUGUUCGGACUUGUCUACGGCGUUAUCGUCUCGCAUCUCCACGACACCCGGGAGCUCGCUGCGGUCAGGGUCGGCGGCGUCGAUCGAGAGAGCUGGAUAUACCUUGGCGCUUGGGGCUUUGCGGGGGUGGUGUUGGGAAGCCUCCUUCCAUACGUGGACCUCCUCUGGGACGGCCACACGAACGACAAUCAAGUCCAGCUGGUCGAGCCAGAGAAGGACGCCGAAUCCUCCCUCAGCGAGCAAUGGAACGAAAUUGUCAGGAGCGUCGGCGCGUUCGUCGGCAUCGCCUUCGCAAUUCGCCGCCUCCCCUGGCAAUCCACCCUCCAACUCACCCUCACUCUCGCCCUCGUUAACCCUGCCCUCUGGUACAUCCUCGACCGCAGCAAACCAGGCCUCUCCUUCUCCCUCAUCGUCACCUCUCUCCUAACCUCCUUCAUUUUCCUCUCGAACCCUGACGUCCUUCCUUCGCCCGCUCUUCCCGCAACUACAAACUCCACACAUCUACCUUCGGGUGCCCAAGGGAUUCAGGAAGAGCUAUUCGCUGGUGUUGUUAGUUAUGAGAGUUUGGCCGUUGUGACGUGGGUUGGUAGUGUGCUAUUCUGCAGCUGUGUGUGUUUUGGGAAUAUUGGGAGACGGUUGGCUGUGCAGGAUGAGUGGGGGGCGAGACGGUGAUACUCUAUUCCGUUUCUUACGCGGAAUCUUGUGGGUGUAUGGGUGCUAUUGGCAGGCAGAGUCUAUGGUUCUAUCUCUCUGUCUGUGUUACUCGGGCAGCGUACCCAGGAGCACUAUGGAGAGAUACAGCAUUCCCAUUCAUCGUGUAAUUGUUCGGUAUGUCAUAUAGUUUUGACUUGGCUUCUAGGGAAAUGGGAUCAGAAUCUAAGGAAAAGAUAGGAAAAAGCUUCAUUGCGUCUAGGCCCGUUUGGUUUUAGUUGCGUUUUGAGAGGAAUGCAUACUUAUAGCGUUUUAAUGG